UAUAUUUUAAUGCGGAAGAGUCCAUUAAUGAAAGAAAACAUGAAAGCAGUUCACAAUUAAAAAUUUUCAUAUUUGAACAAGAGUAAGUAAAAGACAUCCUCUUUGGAAAAAAAUUCAUACUCGAACCGAUCUCUGUUAAAUGAGAUGCAACAUUAGACACCAAACCAACCAAAGAAAAACAUUUCAACUUAGGCUUCGGAUUAGAAACUGCAUAAUUGUACAUUAGAUAUUAAUAUCAAGAAAGUUAAAUACUGAAAUCUUUAAUGAAAAUAUAAAAUAGAACUAAUCCAAUAUUAGCAUAAUAGAAUUGCUAUGCAGGAGUGAAACUGAAUUUCAACACUUGUCUAGGUAUUGAAGAUCAUUAAAAGGAAGGCAAUGAAGAAAAAAGGGUGAACACUAAUCAAUAUAAUUCAUUGAAUUAGACAAUACAUCCUUCUCCAAAAGUCAAGACCAUUUCAAUAUCAACUUACACAGUAUAACAUGAAUUAACCUCCUUAUUAGAGUACUCAGAGUCCUGAAUUAAGAGAGAAGGAGAUCAGACAUGAAUAGAUAUCGUAGUUUAAAUAAUUGAUUACCUAAACGAAGUAGAGUUUGGAGAGCAUUAGUAUCUCAGAUAUGCAACAAUGUAUUGAGAGAGUAUUUGAUCAAACCAUUUAGCCAUUACUUUAAUUAAAGGUAUGUUUUAGACACUUAGUGAUUAGAGUGAAGUGCUGAAACAAAUUGAAAAGUGUAUCAAUGCUGAACAAUAUCAAAUACGUUCUACCAUUGAAUCUUUAAAGAAGAUGGAGGAGGACAUCCUCUCAAAUGAGUUCAACAUUAUAGAAUAUAUGGCUAUGGGUCCAUUCAAUGAAAUUAUGUUGAUCUAUCAGAAAAGAUUCAAGGAACACUCCAUCUUUGUUUAGUAGUUAAAUUAAUAAGAUAUGGUGAUGCAUCAGUUCAAAUAGUUGCAUGACAACUUUACUCAACAAAAUCAUUUGUUAUGUAAGCAAUUAUAACAAUCUUUGUAAAACUACUUAUCAUUAUAUAUAUCAUUCUAAAACAAGGAAGAUUUUUACGAAAUGAAGGAACUCACUAAGAUUCAAUAACAAACCCAAUUUAUUAAUAACUUUCAAGAAAACCUGUUCCAAACAUGCGAAACCAAUAAUUCAAUUGAUGAAGACUAGGUGAUUAUGAAAGAUUAACAAGUGGUGAGAAUUCCAGACAAGACUUCGUAGUUUACUUAAUUAUUAAAGAAGGGUUUAAAUUGUUAAAAGAGUUUGUUUCCAUCAGAAUCACCUCAAUUCAAGAAUUGA